ACUCCAUACAAAGUGAAGUACUCGCCCAUCUCCUUGGGAUGCCUUCCGUUGUUAUGCACGGACUGGCUGGACUUAAAGCAUUUGAGGAGUUUCCAGAUUCCUUGGAGGCGAGGCCGUUUAAAGCUGGAGAUUCCCAAGCGUACAAAUUCUUCAGAAAGUCCUUUGAAUGGGAUCCUGCUGGGAUGCAAGGGGUUAAGAGGAAAUGGCCUAUUAGGGUCUUGCUAAUCUGAGAAGUCCAGGACCUCGAGAGAAAGUAUCUAGAACGCCACUAAAAGCCAAGACUCAAAGGAGCUAGUAUGAUUAACCCGACGAGGGCCAGUAGGAGCAGAACCUAGAACCGAGUGUCAGCAACCUGAUGUGUCACACCGGACCCAGGCCUCGGCGGAGCGCACAGAAGACAACUCCGGGGCUCGUAGGACCGACUUAGGAUGCUCAGCAUACUAGGAGCUAAGUGUCCAGAAAAUUUAAAGAAACAGACUUUCCAGACAUCAAGGAACUCCUAUUCCAGCAGAAGAAACCAGUAUCACUAAUGUUGAUUUAAUAGAAGGGAAUCUGGAAAAGUUGUAAGCAAAACAUCAUUUCUCUAAGAAAGUACUGGGUAACAGAAGUUCCGGAUAACAGGGCAAAGCAGUUCGGUCACCAUGAGCUGGAGCUUCCUGACACGCCUGCUAGAGGAGAUCCACAACCAUUCGACAUUUGUGGGGAAGAUCUGGCUCACUGUACUGAUUGUCUUCCGGAUUGUCCUUACGGCUGUAGGAGGGGAGUCCAUCUAUUAUGAUGAGCAAAGCAAAUUUGUAUGUAACACAGAGCAGCCAGGCUGCGAGAACGUCUGCUAUGAUGCCUUCGCGCCCCUCUCCCAUGUGCGCUUCUGGGUGUUCCAGAUCAUCCUGGUGGCAACCCCGUCUGUGAUGUACCUGGGCUACGCCAUCCACAAGAUCGCCAAGAUGGAGCAUGGCGAAGCAGACAAGAAGGCGGCUCGGAGCAAACCCUAUGCCAUGCGUUGGAAACAGCACCGGGCUCUGGAGGAAACAGAAGAGGACCAUGAAGAGGAUCCCAUGAUGUAUCCGGAAAUGGAAUUGGAGAGUGAAAAAGAAAAUAAGGAGCAGAACCAACCUAAACCCAAGCAUGAUGGCCGACGGCGGAUUCGGGAAGAUGGGCUUAUGAAAAUCUACGUGCUGCAGUUGCUGGCAAGGACCGUGUUUGAGGUGGGGUUUCUGAUAGGGCAGUAUUUCCUGUAUGGCUUCCAAGUCCACCCAUUUUAUGUGUGCAGCAGACUUCCUUGCCCUCAUAAAAUCGACUGCUUUAUAUCUAGGCCCACCGAAAAGACCAUCUUCCUUCUAAUAAUGUAUGGUGUUACAGGCCUUUGCCUAUUGCUUAACAUUUGGGAAAUGCUUCAUUUAGGGUUUGGGACAAUUCGAGACUCGCUAAACAGUAAAAGGAGGGAACUGGAAGAUCCGGGUGCUUAUAAUUACCCUUUCACUUGGAAUACUCCAUCUGCUCCCCCUGGCUAUAACAUUGCCGUCAAACCAGAUCAGAUACAGUACACCGAACUGUCCAACGCUAAGAUCGCCUACAAGCAAAACAAGGCCAACAUCGCCCAGGAACAGCAGUAUGGCAGCCAUGAGGAGAACCUCCCAGCCGACCUGGAGACUCUGCAGCGGGAAAUCAGAAUGGCUCAGGAACGCUUGGAUCUCGCAAUCCAGGCCUACAGUCACCAAAACAACCCCCAUGGACCCCGAGAAAAAAAAGCCAAAGCGGGGUCCAAAGCUGGGUCCAACAAGAGCAGUGUUAGUAGCAAGUCAGGGGAUGGGAAGACCUCCGUCUGGAUUUAAUCUUGGCGGGGCUUGAAACCAGUGCUUUUCCUAGUUCAUGGUAAGCAGCGGCUCACUGAAUAAUGACUUCCAUUGAGUAAACAUUUGGCUCUGGUUAUCUUCAGGGAUGCUGUUGGCUCAUGAUCCAAGCUCAGGGGACUCUGAAAGCGGGGCUGGGACAAGGGGAAGAAAAGGGGAAAACACAGUGUUCCUGGGCACAUAUUCCAGCAAUAAUACAGUUAUGGAACUUUACAUUUAUGUCUUCCAGAUCUGGAAAAGAACAGAUAUAUUUAAAUCAUUCUUGUUGAAAAGUUUUUGUAUGUACAGUAUUAUGGUACUUUUUUUAGUAUGAGAAUUUUUUUUGUAUUUGUAUAUUGGACCACUGUAGUUAUACUUUUAUAUUAAAGGAAAAAAAAAAUCCUUAAGGUAA